CAGAGCUGACUCAGUUUAGCUUCUAACUUCCAGCGGUGCUUCUGUCUGCAUGUGCAGCAGGCUCUGAGCUGAAGAGUUCACUCCAAGCAGUCAGUCAGCUGUCAGUCGCUGAGGCAAGGCUUCAUAUCUCUGAAAGAAAAAUCAUGGAUUUGGAGUCCGGGGAACUGGGUGAAGGAGAUCUCUCAGGAACGGAAUCCUUUAACUCCAAAAGCUUGGCCCUGCAAGCUCAGAAAAAGAUCCUGAGCAAAAUGGCCACCAAGGCAGUGGCCAAUAUGCUCAUUGACGACACAAGUAGUGACAUCCUGGAUGAACUGUACAAAGUAACCAGAGAUUACACAAAUGACAAGAAAGAGGCCCACAAAGUCUUAAAGGAUUUGAUCAAGAUUGCUCUAAAAAUCGGAAUCCUCUACAGGAAUAACCAGUUCAACCAGGAGGAAGUGGAGACAGUGGAUAAAUUCAAGAAGAAAUUAAAUCAGGCGGCCAUGACGGCAGUCAGUUUCUAUGAGGUUGAGUUCACCUUCGACAAAAACAUUCUGGCGGAACUGCUGAUUGAAUGCAAGGAUUUGCUGCACGUUCUAAUUGAGCGGCACCUCACUUCCAAAUCCCACGGACGCAUCGAUCACGUUUUCAGACUCUUCGCAGACGUGGAGUUUCUGUCUGAGUUGUACAAUCCUGAUGGAGUUUACAAAGAGUAUCUGCAGAAAAUCUGUGAGGGGGUCAACAAACUGCUGGAUGAAGGCAUCAUCUGAACUUUGCAGCCUGAACAAAAAGACAGCAUUUGAACCCCAUCCUCCCCCCACCCCUCCACUUGUUAUCAAGGGACACCAUGUACCAUCAUUGCAGGGUUUGAUGGCUGAUUCUCUUUGUUUGUAUUUGAGUGCUACAGAGAUUCCUUUUGUCUGAUUGUUAUACUGUAGGUGUAUGCAUUUGAAAACAAACCAGAUUGUGAAUCAAUUUUGUCGUUAUGGAGGAUGAGUAAAUUAUCUGCUGUGACAAUGCAUGCUAAAG